AUCAAAAAAAAAAAAAAAAAAAAAUUAAGUUGACGAUUUUAAUACCAAAGUGGUAGUCGUAUUACCGUAUAUUUGUACAAAUUGGAACACACAGCCAACUUGGUUAAUUUUAUAACAGCUGAAAUACUCCCUCCCUCCAACUCUAGCCGGUCCUGGUCCCGGUCUUGGCAGACUCUGAAUACUGACUUACUUCCACAAAUGCUACGAAUGGCCACGAGUCUUGUAGGAUUUCUGGUUCUGUUUUUGGCGAUUUCGAUCUGCCAUGCUGCUUCGAUCGUUCAACCGAUUUCGGACUCUCACCGAUCCGCUGCCUUAGACGUCUUCAAACCUGUCGAUGGAUCUUUUGGCAGCUUAGAAGAGACUUAUGAGGCCCUCAGAUCCUGUGAGAUUCUUGGAGUUGAGGGAAAUAUUGACGUGAGCAAGACUACUUGUGGUUCUGUAUCAAAAACCCUUGAGUCAUCCUCUUCAACUUCAAAAGAUUUGUUGUAUGCGUUGAAAGUCAAUGGCAUUUUAAAAUGCAAGAUUGAAGAACAAGUAUUUGAGGAAAUCAUUUCAAGACUCCAAACCGCUGUACAAGAUGCAAGUUCAUUGCUUGACUUCUACUAUUCAAUUGGAAGUUUGAAACUUAUUAAGGAUCAAACUUCUAGAAAUGAUUUACAUAUUAGUGAUGCUGAAGGAGUUUUAUACUCUAUAAAGGCUCUGAGCCAGAGUGAUGGAAGGUGGCGUUAUAGUUCUAACAAUCCUGAGUCAAGUACCUUUGCUGCUGGAAUAGCACUUGAAACACUUGCUGGAGUCAUCUCAUUAGCGUCUUCUGAGAUUGAUCAAUCUAUGGUAUCUUGGAACUUCUCAAAGGAUAUUGGUACUGUAAAAAAUGAUGUACUGAAACUCUUCGACAGUAUUGAGAAAUAUGAUGAUGGGGCCUUUUACUUUGAUGAGAAUGGUGUUAUCACACGUGAACAGCUUGGUCCUCUUUCAAUUACUUCAUCAGUUGUUAGAGGGCUGACUGCAUUUGCUGCUGUAACUACUGGAAGUUUUGAUCUUCCAGGGGAUAAAAUAUUCGGUUUAGCGAAAUUUUUCCUUGGCAUUGGAAUUCCUGGUGAUGCCAAAGACUUCUUUAACCAAGUGGACUCAUUAGCUUGCUUGGAAAGCAAUAGAAUUGCCAUUCCGCUUAUCAUAUCACUUCCAUAUACAGUGCUUUCAGUGACCAAGGAUGAGCACCUAAAGAUUAAGGUCACUACUGUGCUUGGUGCAAAUGCUCCUCCUCUGACAGUGAAACUUGUGCGGGCAUUCUCCGUUGGGUCAAAGGAAACUACCAUUGUUGAGGACCAGGAACUCAAGUAUGAUCCACAGAGUGAAUCUUAUUUCUUAGAUUCGGUGCCAAAGCCUGUUGAUGUUGGAAAUUAUAUUUUUAUUUUUAAGGUGGUGCUUCAUGAUACUGAGCAUCAAAGUGUCUAUGCUGCUGGAACCGAAACUCAAAUACCAAUAUUUGUGACUGGACUUAUUAAGAUCAACAAUGCUGAAAUUGCAGUUCUUGAUAGUGAUCAUGGGAACAUAGAAACACAGAAAAAGCUACAUUUGGGUGGAGAUAAUGCUGUGGCAUUAUCAGCAAACCACCUGCAGAAGUUUCAUCUAUCCUUUGAAUUGAUCACCCCUUAUGGGAAUGCAUUUAUACCACAUCAGGCGUUUCUCAAGCUGAGACAUGAGAGCAAGGUUGAGUACAUCUUUGUGGUGAAAAACUCUGGGAAAAAGUUUCAGAUAACUCUAGAUUUUCUUGGAUUGGUUGAGAAGUUUUUCUAUCUCUCAGGUAGAUACAAGAUUCAACUCACUGUUGGUGAUGCAGUCAUGGAGAACUCUCUAUUACAAGAGAUUGGCUAUGUUGAAUUAAAUCUGCCAGAACCCCCUGAGAAGGCACCCCGAAUUCCAGCAUUACCUGUUGAUCCUUAUUCAAGAUAUGGGCCCAAAGCGGAGAUAACCCACAUUUUCAGGGUGCCAGAAAAGCGGCCACCUCAGGAGCUGUCCCUUGCUUUCUUAGGUCUCAUUCUUUUGCCAUUCCUUGGGUUCUUAAUUGGGCUAUUACGAUUAGGGGUGAACCUGAAGAACUUCCCUACUGUAACCGUGCCUGCUACAUUUGCCAUCCUCUUCCACCUCAGCAUCGCAGCAGUGCUGUUACUUUAUGUACUUUUCUGGUUGAAGUUGGAUCUAUUCACAACAUUGAAGGCACUUGGUUUCUUGAGUGUUUUCUUAAUGUUCGUUGGUCACAGGACCCUUUCACACCUGGCUUCAACUUCAGCCAAAGUGAAAUCUGCUUAACAAAAUUCCUUUUCAAUAGUGACUCGACAAAAAUGAGGGGAAAUUUCUCCUUCAAAGGAGAAGCAAUGGACAUCAUGGUCAAGUUUUGUAGGACUCUUAUUUAGUAAAGUUAUAUUAACCUGUUGAGAAUUUUAGUACACACAGUCCACAUUCACAAUGAAACACCGGAAAGAAAGUUUAUUUACACGCAUGGCCCUCGUUUGUGUUGCCAAUCUGUGAAGAUUGUAUGGUAGCAACUAGAAGGUCAGCAUCUUUUUCUCUUGGAGUUCAGUUGCCAUAGUUUGUUACAUCAAAUUUACUAUUAGAUUCUUCUUUCCUGGUUGUGCCUGUAUGGACCAAGACAAAAGUUUAAGAUGGGACGGGCAUCUACAGUCUCCAACCAUCCUCACUUACACACAAUGGGUUGGUUAGUUUGCAGAAGGCAGAAGAAAGUUUAGUGGAACAAAGACCAUAAUGAGCAACUUGUUAUUUUAGAUAUUCGAAAAGGGAAGUUUAUUAAAUGAAACUUCAGGGAGAUCAAACUUUUUAUUCAAUGACCAGAGUUAUGGUAAGCUGAUACCUUUAGUUUUUGAUUCAUGACAUUUGUGCUGCAUAAUGUAAGCUAAGCGUAUUGCCUAGUGAAAAUUAUAGGUUAAACAUGAUGACAAGGAAUAUGUGGCCAUGAGAUGAGAUGUUCCGUUUCAUGCUCCUUGAAUAAAAUUGCAGGUUCCCGUUGGAAAAGGGAUCUCGAAAGUUGAAGUUUGAUUGCAA